AUGAGCGAUAACAAGGAGAUCCCGUCCGAGUACCGUAUCUCUGAAAAAUGGGACAAAUGUCUUGAGAACUUUACACUUUAUUUUGGUGCUGGUCUUGUGGCUGGUGGCCUCACGUCUCUUGUGCUCGCACGUUCUGGUGCUGGUCGUGGACUGAUCACGGGUCUCGGUGCAGGUACGGGGGCUGGAUCAAGCUGGACAACGUGUCAGAUGGCGUUUGCAGGUGAUGUUAAUGCACAGACAGCUCUGAAAAAGACGGAAAAGGCUGUGGAUGAUUUCAAGGAGAAGAUCAAGAAGAGCUCUAACUAA